CUCCCUCUGCAUAUCCCCACGACCACGACUACGACCACGAUCACGGCCACAACACCAGCUGGUUUGCGCGUACAGCCGAAGGACUUCUACCUGCUUGCCUGCCUGCCUGCCGACCUCACGACUCAGGCCGCCCGUCGCUAUACGGCGGUCUCGGAUCUUCCGCCACGUCCCCGGCUUUUUGAGCAGACGCCACUGAGGAACACAGCUACGCGGCUGAGACUAGGACUCGUGGACGGCUGUUCUUCGAGAGAUCCUCACUGAUCCAGUGCUCACUAACUGCUGGCUCUGUAUCAGCCCUUUUGGGGACUGAGCGCUAAAGGUUCGGCCUGGUCUCGGGGCGCGGUCUACAGUUAGACACGGCCUGCGCACUGCAUAGCAUUCCAUUUGAAAUAGGAUCAAUCCAGGGAUAUAGGAAAUCAUUGCGCAACGACCAGAGCAUCGGGACCUUCCGCCACGCACUCCUCGACAGCCACAUCGUACAAGCGGAGCAUAUUGUUGGAGAAGCCCAUCUCAGUGCUGCGACGACGACGUGCCAACGUGCCAACGUGCCCUUGGCGGAUGUACGCGCAUUACCUUUGCUCAAUCAUCUUGAACGGCAUGACGUUGUGAAGUCGCGCGUGCACACAUGGCAGCAGCAGCAACAUCCUCACCAAUCUCCGCCGCCGCCACCACCUCGGGCGUGCCACGUACAUUGACGUCGGCAGCGUCAGGCGCGAAUAUACCCGACGAGCUCGAAAACCCCUCCCUCUUGCGCCCAAUCUCCCAAAAGCCCGAUCCAAGGACGAGCCUCUCUCCCAAGUCAGACCAGGCGCAUCUCUCGCCACGGUCGACGCCGUUGCCGCUGACGGGCGCGGCGGCAAUGGCUGAGAUGAGACGACGGAAGCAGCAGCAGACAGAGGGUUCGCGACAGACGAGUCCCAAUCCACGGGUGGCCGCGAUGCAGCAGCUGUUAGGAACUGGAGGUAUGAGCAAGCCCACAGAUGCGCCCGCUCCGGAUAAGAUGAGUUCGCCUUUGCGCAAGGUGGCCGAGAAACUCAGUAUACCUAAUAGUAAUGCGCAACCAGAAAACGAACCGGAAGUCAGUCCUGUAAGCUUGGGCAGCUUUGGCUCGACCGUAGAAGGCUCCAAUGCGGGCCAUGCAAUGACCGCCACUGCAAGUGAACAGCCUCCGGGCGCGAAUUUUGUGGCUGAGCCAGCGGAAAUGAAUGAGGGAAGCAGCUACACGUCACAAAACGGCAGCCUCGCUGUUCAACAGCAGACGACCGACAAGGCGAUAUCUUUGUCGUAUCCGGGGCCGCCUCCUCCAUCAGAAGGACCGGAAGGUGCUGCAUCACGAAGCAUGACUUUGCCCGGCUCUGGAUUCAGACAGGGCAGCCCCAAGUCUCCGGCGACGAAUAAACGACACAAAUGUCCUUACUGCGCGACCGACUUCACGCGACAUCACAAUCUCAAAUCGCACCUUCUCACUCAUAGCCAAGAAAAGCCGUACGUUUGCCAAACUUGUCAAGCACGCUUUCGACGGCUACACGAUCUCAAACGCCACACCAAGCUACACACGGGCGAAAGACCUCACACGUGCGACAAAUGUGGCCGCAAGUUUGCCCGUGGCGAUGCCCUGGCACGACACAACAAAGGCCCUGGCGGUUGCGCUGGCCGGCGAUCAAGCUUUGGGGCAGACGACGAAGAAGGAGAUGGAUACGAUGAGGGCAUGGACGGUGUGGAAUACGAUGACGAAGGUCUGGACGAACAUGGGCGUCGCAAAAGUAACAAGAGGCAGCAUCUGGAAACACCACAGGACUCUGACAGGUCGGUGUAUCGACAGCACUCGAGCACGUAUCCGCCUGCACCGCGUCAAAUGCAAGGCAGCAUGGGUCCACCACAGGUAGUCCACCCCGGCGGUACAACAUCGCCACGCGACAUAUCCGGCCAACCCAGUCCAGCUGGGGGCUCUGUGAGCUCUUCCUACUAUGGACCAGGUCAAGUGUUUGCAGAACCCGGGAUGAUGACUUCUUCGCCUAAGCCGCUGUCGCCAGGUCAACCCGCGGAUCAGCAUCGUCUGAGUGUUGGCGAUAACAGUGCUCAACUCGGGCGUAAUCGGUCUACGAGCUUGACGACGCAGUUCCAGCAACAACAUUUUGGGCGCGGCACUGGGGUCCGGUCACCGCCACAGCCCAACAAUCAAUUCCUGCCGAACUCGAACCACCAGGUCGCGCCACAGCACAAUAUCCUCCCACCUCUUGGCAGCCAACCACAGAUGCGUAAUAGCUUGCAAUCGACUGCUUCUAACAUGAUGCAGCAUCCUCAACCAUAUUCAUCCACAGCCAUGGGCUCUACACCCGGAAGCUUGUCUAGUCAUGGCAGGUCCUCUGGAAGCAGUAUGCGUGACAUCACAGGCCAAGGGCAUCCCAAUCCGGACGACAUAUGGAGUUACGUCCGCACCCUGGAACUACGACUCGGUCGAAUGGGGGACGAAUACGAAUUGCGCAUCAGUCGCAUGCAGGAGGAGAUCAUAUCUCUCAAGGGACAGCUUGGACAGUUAUCGAACCACGCAAGCUACAGUAGCGACAUGGCCCGGCAGCAAGGAUCGUAUCCAUGACUAGCGACGUCGUCCCUUCGACUGAGGGGGACAGACGGCGGUCGAAACACCCUGUCCAAUGGAGUGAUGGAGACGUAUCAGCAGCAGCAGCAGCAGCAGCGGAGCACAAACAACAGUCACUACACAGUGAACAACUUACAUUAUAAUAGCCCCCCAAUGGCUACAGCUCAAGCAACAUAAAUGGAGCUGAUGUAUCGAGAGGAGGGGAGGACAUCACCCAAUACCAUUGAGACGCAUGACUAUGAAUCGAGGGCGUUUGUCUUUCGCUUGGCUAAGACGACUCUAGUCAAAAAUCCAUUGAGAGACUGAAAUGAAGGCAACUGCUUACAUGUACUACUACUACUAUGACUACUACUACUAUUACUAUUACUACUGCUACUGUGAUGAUGGGGGUCCGCAAAGCGAUGAGUGCGGAGAUGGCUGGCAUACAAGAUGAUGGCGGUGGCAUGAUUGAUUCUGGACAAAAGUGAGGGAUUGUUGUCAUGCGGAGCGAUGGAUUGAAUACCCCCCAAUCGCUUCAUACCUUUCAUGUAUCUACUUGACAGACGGACGGGGCGAAAAGCGCACAGA